AUGCGCCCCGCGACGGCGCUCCUCCUCCCCCUCCGCGCGCCCGUCUACGCGAACACGGGCUCCGUGGCGCGCGACCACCUGGCCUCGGAGCGCACCUACCUCGCCUGGCUGCGCACCGGCCUCGGCUUCGUCGCGCUCGGCAUCGGCGUCGAGCGGUUUUCGCGGCUCGACUUGGGCGAUCUGCUUGCCGCGACGACGUUGCCGAGACACACCCGCAAGUCCGACGACCACCAGAGCGAUGGCGAUGGCGAAACGAAAAACAAUGGCGGUGGGAGUGGGAGUGGCAGUGGUUCGUUCAAGGAGGAGUCGAGCGUGCUCGUGGAGGCGCUGCUGGGCACGGGGACGGGCUGCAUCGCGUACGGGACGACUAGGUAUUUUGAGAAUAUGCGGUUGUUGGAGAGGGGCUUGUUCAGGCCGGCGUACUAUGGGGCGGGGGCGUUGGGGGUGGCGGUGGCGGGGUUGGCGGGCGGCGUGUAUUGGAGUGCGGUGAGGGAUGGGAGGAAUAAUGGCAGAGGAGGGAGCGGCGAGGAGGUGUGA